UAGACCGUGGCUGGGCAGAGGAGAUCGAGCGGAGCGGGUAAACAACAGCGGUGUAUUUUACCAAAACACAGCUCGGUGGUGUCCGUUUCCUGCUUCUGCUCGUCCCGAUCACACGUCCAUCAUGGCUUGGACAAAAUACCAGCUGUUCCUCGCGGGACUUAUGCUUACAACCGGCUCCAUCAACACGCUGUCGGCCAAAUGGGCUGAUAUGUUCAAUGCGAAGGGUUGCCAGGAGGAACCAGAGCGUCCAUUUUCUCACCCAUUUCUACAGGCGGUGGGGAUGUUUCUGGGGGAGUUCUGCUGUCUCGCAGCUUUCUACAUCUUAAUUUGCCACGACAAACGUCGACCAGAACCCAGGGUAAAUCGUGGCCAGAGCUUCAACCCCUUCCUCUUCCUCCCUCCUGCCAUGUGCGACAUGACGGCCACCUCCAUCAUGUAUGUUGCUCUCAACAUGACGAGCGCCUCAAGUUUCCAGAUGCUCCGUGGAGCUGUGAUCAUCUUCACCGGUCUACUUUCUGUGGCAUUUUUGGGGCGCCGCCUGGCACCUAAUCAGUGGAUCGGCAUUUUUAUCACCAUUCUGGGACUGGUGAUAGUGGGCCUGGCUGACUUCAUCGAUGGAAACAAAGACAGCUCACACAAACUCAGUGAUGUGAUCACUGGAGAUCUUCUGAUCAUCAUGGCUCAGAUCAUUGUGUCAGUGCAGAUGGUCCUCGAGGAAAAGUUUGUCUACACACAUGACGUUCAUCCCCUCCGAGCUGUUGGAACUGAAGGUUUCUUUGGCUUCUUUGUCCUGUCGCUGCUGCUCAUCCCCAUGUACUUCAUCCCUGUUGGAAACUUCGCCAACAACCCUCGGCACGUCCUGGAGGACGCGCUGGAUGCCUUCUGUCAGAUCGGCCACCAGCCUCUAAUCUUGUUGGCUCUGCUCGGCAACACAGUCAGCAUCGCCUUUUUCAACUUUGCGGGGAUCAGCGUAACUAAAGAGAUCAGCGCCACCACCCGUAUGGUGCUGGACAGCCUGCGUACACUGGUCAUCUGGGUGGUGAGCUUGGCAUUGGGCUGGGAGCACUUUCACGGACUGCAGGUUUUGGGCUUCUUGGUGCUGCUGGUGGGUACUGCGCUCUACAACGGACUGCACCGCCCCCUGCUGGCCAGAAUACCGUGCUGCGCUAGGUUUGCGAACGAAGAGGAGGGCGGCUCUGGAGAAAGAGAGAGACUGCUGAAUGACGGCCGGGUGCAGACUGGUGACAACAGCUAAAACUUGUGGACACACUCGGCACAGACAGAGUCCCGAUUUAGUGGACGGUCUGCCAGAGACACUGGUGUCAGUUUGCUUUAAAAACAUCAGGUGUUCACAUCGCAGAUUUAAACUGGCACACAAUGCUGUAACAGGUGAGAGUGUGAAAAGCGUCUUAAAGAUAAAAAUGUUGACAUUUUGUAGAAAAAUAUGCUCGUUUUUUUCAGAGAGUAAGCUGAGAUGAUUAAUACUUCUAGAACAGGAGGAAACGCUGGUUGUGUCCAAUCCCAACUUCCAAGCUGAGAAACUGUCUUGUAUAUAACUUCCAUAGUUACACAACAUCAUGACAUCUGCUUCUGUCUUAUUAAUCUCCUCAUCUAACAUUCUGUAAGACACUGAACAUGUUUGUGUUACAAAAUGUGCAAUUUUUCAGUCAAAGAAGCCAGUGUUUAGAAAGGGUGGCCUGAGAUAGAUUUUAUAUUACAGAUUUUAAGGGAUUAUUUUAAUUUUUUUAUAACUGUUAUAUAAAAACAAUUAAAAGCCAAUGUCAGCAUUUUUUCCCGACCCUUUUAAAUAUGUUUGUCUUUGAAAAUGGAACUUUCAGUGCCAAAACGCUAAGCCACAUUUUCAUCCAAAAUAUACUGUCGGCAUCACUUGUUGACUUUUUUGAAGAAUGACGGACCACGCUCAUGUUUCUCAUUUCUUUUGCCACUCAUAGUGUUUUAUAAUUUUGCUGACUGUGCAGUUUGAUUGCGACAAAAUUCUUUCCACAUGGUGAUGUGCGCUUGAUUCACACCCUUGUGACGACACUACAGAGGCAUUAGUUUAAAAUAUCCUUCGUAAUCAAACUGCAUGCCCGUUCUCCUCACCUCACUUUAGUUCUUUUCUGAAUUUUGAAUUUUAAAAAAAGUGUCUUUAUGUUCCUCUCUUAGUUUUAUUUGUACUGAUGGAAACGUCAAGACUGUACGAUCGAUUUGUAUUCUGUGUUGUAAAUCCACUUCUCUGUUUAGUUCCAAGGUGCUGACUGUAAUGUUCAGUAAAAGAAAAAGGGAACUAUUAUCAAUUCACGCUUUUAUUCACAGGCAGCAGCCUUUCUGAUGUGAAGGUUCGCUGCUUUUCUUUUAAUCAGUUGAAGUCAGACUCUUAUGUGCAACAUGGAUGUUAAUAAAAUCACCGUGU